UUGGGAAGGCUUGCUGAACUGCAAGUUUGUUUGGUGUUUUUUUGUUUUCUUAAUCCAGUAUAUUCCCAUAAAUCACGUUCGUCCAAGUUUUGAAAGCAGCAUUUUUGAGCAAGUUCAGAAUGGAAAAGAAGGUCGAUCAUCAACUUGAGGAUAGUGUGAUGUUGCCAGCUCAGAAGACUACGGAACACACGCAGACAGAUAGUGAAGAGCUCACCUUUAUAGGACAAGUAGAUGUAAGUCAGGCAUUUUCCAGCACACCUCUUGCUCCAGCCCAUUCUCUUUGGACCACUGAUGCUAGAGGUUCAGUCAAGCUGAGAAUAGAAGAAGGAUGUACAGAGGAACCCAACACAGUUCACCAGUUGUUUAAAUCCUCAGUUGAAAAAUAUGGAAACAAGCAUGCACUUGCCAGCAAGAAGAACAACAAAUGGGAAAAGAUAACUUUCCUAGAGUAUUACCAGUUGUGCCGGAGAACAGCCAAGAGCUUUCUAAAGCUGGGUUUAGAGCGAUUCCAUGGAGUGGGAAUACUAGGAUUCAAUUCAGCAGAAUGGUUCUUCUCUGCAGUCGGUGCAAUCAUGGCAGGAGGAAUAAUGACAGGAAUUUAUGCCACAAACUCACCGGACGCGUGCCAUUAUGUGGCUAGUGACUCUAAAGCCAACAUUAUUGUGGUAGAAAAUCAGAAGCAACUGGAGAAGAUAUUGCAGAUAUGUGACAGACUACCCAAUUUAAAAGCCAUAGUGCAGUACAGUGGACAGGUUCAGCAGAAGAUCUCAAAUCUCUACUCUUGGGAGGAGUUCAUGGAGCUGGGUCUGGAUGUUUCUGAAAAACAAUUGGAUGACAUUAUCAGCAGUCAGAGAGCUAACCAGUGCUGUGUCCUGAUCUACACUUCUGGCACCACAGGCAAGCCGAAAGGAGUCAUGCUCAGUCAUGACAAUAUCACAUGGACGGCCAUUCAUGCCAGCAGGGCUGGAGAAAUGCAGCCAGCCGACACGAAACAGGAGUCACUAGUGAGUUACCUGCCUCUCAGCCACAUUGCUGCUCAGAUCUAUGAUCUCUGGACAGGCAUCCACUGGGGUGAGCUGGUAUACUUUGCACAGCCAGAUGCCUUAAAGGGAAGCUUGAUAACUACACUUCGGGAGGCUCGCCCAACAUCCCACAUGGGUGUCCCACGGGUAUGGGAGAAAAUGAUGGAGAAGAUAAAACAGGAGAUUAGUCAGUGUGGAUAUUUGAAAAAGAAACUGGUUACAUGGGCAAUGUCAGUCAGCCAGGAAACAAAUCAAAAGUGUACGCAUGAGGAUGAUGAAAAACCGUUCCUUUUUUACGUGGCUGACAGCCUUGUGCUGCAGAAGCUUCGGAAUGAGCUGGGCCUGUCUUGCUGUCAGAAGUUCUUUUCAGGAGCAGCACCGAUCAGUAGUGAAACCGUACAGUUUUUCCUGGGUCUGAACAUCCGCUUGUAUGAAGCCUAUGGCAUGAGCGAGAGCACAGGACCUCACUUCAUGUCAGGUCCAAAAGCUUAUAAACUGCCGAGCUGUGGAAAAGUGGUGCCUGGCUGUCGAUACAAAUUGGCCAAUGUAGACUGUGAAGGGACAGGAGAAAUUUGCUUUUGGGGACGCAACAUUUUCAUGGGUUUCCUCAACAUGGAAGACAAAACAAGAGAAGCUUUGGAUGAAGAUGGAUGGCUGCAUUCUGGGGACUUGGGGAAGGUUGAUGAAGAGGGUUUCUUGUACAUCACAGGAAGGAUAAAAGAGUUGAUCAUCACAGCUGGAGGAGAGAAUGUUCCACCUGUUCCCAUAGAAGAAGCAGUAAAGAAGGAGCUACCCAUCAUCAGCAAUGCCAUGCUGAUUGGAGACAAAAAGAAGUUUUUGUCCAUGCUUUUAACCUUAAAGUGUUGUAGCAAUACCGAAACCAUGGAGCCAACAGAGGAACUCAGUAUGGAAGCUGUGGAGUUUUGCAGACAGCUGGGCAGCCAAGCAAGCAAAAUGUCUGACAUAACCGGUGGAAAAGACAAAGAAGUGUACCAGGCAAUUCAAAAGGGGAUUGACAGAGUCAACUCUGCAGCCACCUCCAACGCCCAACGCAUACAAAAAUGGACCAUUCUGAGAAAGGACUUCUCUGUUUCUGGAGGAGAACUGGGUCCUACAAUGAAGCUUCGCCGUCCAGUUGUCUUAGAGAUGUACCACAAAGUUAUAGAGAGCCUUUAUCAAGGAUAAAGUCACUUUCUACUGUGUAACUGUUAGUAUGAAAUCAUGUGUCAUUUUCCUUCAUCUCAUCCCCUGUGAACAUGCAUAAAAUGUAAUUACAGUACAGCACAAAAGUCUUGAGCCAACCCUCAUUUCUUUUUAUUUUGGUUCCAAUGAGUCAGACUUUCUUGUCAUUUUUUGAAGUGUUCUUGAGUGGUCAGAUUAUACAAGAACUGCGCUGAAAAAUUGUGAUUACAGGUGUUAAGGUAUGAUGAAUCCAAAUUUGACACUUGUGGUUCAAAUCAUCACUAUGUACAAUGAAGGUCAGGAGAGAGGUGCAACAGUGAGUGUCUGCAGCCAUCUGAAAAACACGAUAGAGGCUCUGUCAUGUUUUGGGGCUGCAUUUCAGCCAUUGGUGUUGGAGGAUCUUUCCAAAAUGGAUGGAAAUAUGAAUGCAGAAGUGUACUAUUGGAGUCUGAUUCAUAAUCCAAGAGCAUCUGGAAAGUAUUUGACAAUGGCUUCAUUUUUCAGCAUGACAAUGAUCCAAAGUAGUAAAAGCAUUCCUAGACAGAAACAAAAACAAAAUACACUUUUCAGUUGGGUUUGGCCUCCCAAGGGUCUGGUCCUAACCGUUCUUGAAGCAGUGUGGGAUCAUCUUGACACAGAAUAAAACAA